AUGGCUGCGCACGCUCGCGCUCAGGCGCUCCGCGCGCUCCUCGCAAGAUGCUCGACGAAAUGCCCCGCCGCCGCCGCCGCCGCCGUCGCCACUUCGUCGUCCUGCCUCCGCCGCGGCGUUCCCUCGAGCGCUUCCUCCACUUCCUACUCCAGGAUGCUCCUUCCCGCGUCGCGCGCGGCGGACGUACCUGCGGCGCAGACGCGCUCCCUGGCGAGCAAAGCGCAGGGCGGCGCCGAUUCUAGUGAGGUGGACACGGACGAGGGGGAGGACGGAGAGGCGGAGGAGUGGGAGGAGGACGAAGACGAGCAGGCCGAUCCCGAGAUCGGUGACGGCGGCAACGGAGGCGGCGUCGUCCUGCGGGACGUCAAGUGGGGCGCGCGCGCUCUCGCGGCGGCUGAGGAGGUUCUUGCCGAGCAUUUCGGAGAUGACAUUGCCAUGUUCGCAUUCAAGGUGUCGCCCAAGGGAUACGUCUACGUGCGGCUGGACAAGCUCACCAACAGAUAUGGGUGCCCUGGUAUAGAGGAAAUAGAGAAUUUCAAUAGACUCUACAAGCAGAAAUUGGAUGAGAUAAUCGAAAGCGGCGAAAUACCCCUGGACCUGGCGCUUGAGAUCUCAUCACCAGGCGCAGAGCGACUUCUGAAGGUGCCCGAUGAUCUGGAUCGCUUCAAAGAUAUGGCAAUGAGGGUGCAAUACCUUGCUGAAGGCGAUGACCUUGCCGUGGAUCAGAUGGAUGGUAUCUUCUUGCUCGAGUCGGUAGAUAUUCAAGCGGAACACUGUGUUUGGAAGCUCGCGGACGUGAAUGAGAACCGAGCUGGGAAAGGGAGGCCGUUGAACAAGAAACAGAGAGAUUGGAGGCUGCAAACCUCGUUUGAAGCGGUGAGGAAGGCAACGCUGUACUUGGAUUGAAAACCGCAGAAGCUCAACAACUCGAAACUGUUCUGGUUAGAGUUAUAAAUGAUGUGGUAAAUGUUCUGGUUAGAGUUAUAAAUGAUGUGGUAAACAUAAUGUACGACUGGCAAAUGAUGUUCAUUUUGGGAACUAGAGUAGUGUCUUCUAUGUUUGGAAGCUGCAUCCUGGGGUUUUCUGGAGGCCAGUUACAUUGUACUACGACAGUUAUUUGA